AUGCUUCGCGGCGACGACGGACUCUCCGACCUUGUCAGAAAGGUCGUCAGCCUUACCCUCGACUCCAACUCCACUAACACUACGACGGAGCCUACGGCCGACAGCGUCUCACAGACCCCGAGCGCUUCAAUUUCUUCAGUCGGCAACCCGACGACGCAGUCGCUGCACACGCGCGAUCAGUCAUCGUCCUCGAUCUCCUCCCUCUCAUAUUCGAAUGCUUCUGGUUCCGGAGGUCCCCAACGACCCAGACGCUCCCCAUUACGCCGCAGCAAAGCAGGAAGCGUCCGCCUAGGUGGCGACGUCACGGCGUUAAUGCUCGAGAUCGACGCGCUGCAGUCUCAGGUCGCGAACUUGCUCGAUAAGAUCUAUGAAAUCGAAGAGUUACGGCACUCGACAUCAGUGCGUUCAGCACACGCUAAACUCGACGCUCUCAUAUCCGACCUUCACGAGACGAUCGCCCACAUUACCCCCAGGAUAGCGGCACUCGAGGCGUCCGCAACGUCUCCUGAUGUCCAAGAAAUGCUCGCCCCGCUUCUCGCCGACUGGCAAAAGGUGACGAAGCAGCACAACCUUUUGCAACGCGAGCUUCAGGAAGACCCGUGGCUCAUAAGGUUCAAAACGACGGCCGACCAAGCAGAUGGGAUGAUGGACCCGUUGAGCCAGAGUCUGAGCCGAGCUUAUAUCGGACGCAUCCUGGGUUCGGUGAACGCGGUGCCGCUCAGUGCCCCGGAGGGCAAGCUCAGCAUUGGCCACUUCCGCGAGAUGACCGAGGCGCACUCGCGGCUGAAAUCAACCUACGUGCCAAGUGUGAACAGGAUUCUGAAGAUGAUGGACAAGAGUGUCUCAGAUCGCCCGGUCAAGAACGGGGAAGCACUGCGACGAUUGAACGACAUGAACCAGCGGUGGAAAACAAUGCAGAAGCAGCUGAGCCAGCUGGAGUCGAAGAUCACCAUGGUCAUGCAGCAAUAUGACCCCGACCACUCGCCAGACGAUUCGAUGGAGAUGUUGAGCCCCGACGGUGGAGGCUACUUUGGCGGGUCCCCGACGGUCUCAUCGAGCCACUCGUCGUCGCAUGACACCAGCACACCGCUGCAUCGCGUCACGAGUGGGGGGUCCAUGAACUCGAUGAGCUCCUAUGGAGGGUCAUCGUUCUCUGCCCCGUAUGCCAACUCGCAACACCACCAUCAGCCCUCCCACAGCCCGCAUGCCCAGCACAUCCAGUACCAGGUGAACAACCACCAUCAGCCGCUGAAGACGAACAACAACAGCAUGAACCACGUCUCGCCACCGGCGUACAAGCCGACGCCGCGUGGCCUCAGCAAGUCGGUAUCCACCAUGAAUGUUCGCGCUCUCGGAACGCCUGCAGUGGCGCAGCGGACACCGUCGCGGCAACAAUUACGGCCGCCGUCUAGGACAGCGCCGAGGACGUCCCUGAGCCAGUCGCAGUCGGUCGCUACGUCGCUCAGCGCCUUAGCGGCCUCCCCGUCCGAUCGGUUACGGAGGGUGGGUUCUUCGGCGAUCCCCCAGCUGUCGUCGUUCGGGUCGCCCGCUACACCUGCGAAUGGCGGCAGUGGAUUCCGGCGUCCGAGCCUCGCCCCGAGUAGUGCCUCGGGAAGGAUGACGCCCGGCCCGCUGAACCGGCGUGCGAUGACGCCUGGUCCUGGUGUCGGCGAAUCUCCGCCAUCGUCGUUGACGGGCAUGCCGACUCGGCGCGGCGGUGCGCUGCCGCCCAUGCCCGGACGAGCGAGCAGCCGUCCAUCGUUCGCGCCGCAGCACGGAAACCGGUCCAUGAUCGGCCCCUCGUCGUUCCGUCCCACCUCACCGGCCAGUGUCGGGCGCCCUAGUAGCCGCGCCUCGGUCAAGUCGUCGCUGAGCUCACGGAUGCCGCAGGGCCCUGGGUUCGGGGUGCAACCGUUCCGGCCGAGCAAGUACGACGAGCUGGACCUGGCAGUGCAGAAGGUGCUGGAUGCGGUCAAGCCGUCCAUCUUUGUCGCGCGCCUCGACCCUCCCCUGCGCCGUGGGCAGCAGAAGGCGGAGGGAGAAUGGACCGGCGAGUUCGUCUUCGGCUACGGUGAGCGCAGCAACGCAGUCAAGCUGCUCGAGAUGAAGAGCCGGGGGAUCGAGAGCCGGUUCAAGGUCAUGGUCCGCGACGGCGGUGCGUGGCAGGACCUGUCGCCGUUCCUGGAGAAACGAAACAGGAUGGCCGAGGCGGAUGUGUUCUAG